CGACUAUUAUUUCACAUCUCCUCUUCCACUGCUAACCACACCGACCAAGCCGCAAGUCUUGACCAAAUCGUACCGGAAACGGCGCGUCUUGUUUUGAAGUCGAACGCCAUGACUGAGAGCAACUUUCUGGACGACGACAUCUACCUUCACCUGUCGCACCGCCCACGCUACAUUCUCAACGGUGUAAUCUCAAUUGACGAUUCUACGAAGCCAGCGUCUACAAUCAUUCAACGCGAAUGUCGAUCUUCUCUAGGACAGCUUGACAACCUACCUCUUGAAAUUCUACACGAGUCUCUCACAUACUUGGAUCUCCAGUCCCUAUGGCGCCUAUCUCGUGUCUCCCUGCGCGGCAAAGCUAUUGUUGAAUCUCUCCGUGAACAUAGAAACCUCGUCACAUCCGCAGGUUAUACCUUCGAGAUCCUGAAUCGGGCGAGAAUCCUUGGCCUACACUCUGUUACUACGCUUUAUGCAGCCCUAUACUCUAAGCGAUGCAUAUCCUGCGACGCAUAUGGGCCAUUCCUACUUCUGCUCUCUGCUGAGCGGUGCUGUUUUGGAUGUCUGGCAGUUAACCAAUCUCUCUGGAUGAUCUCAUUACCGUUAGUUGGGGAGUGCUUCGGCCUCACAAAGCAGCAAUUGAGGGCUCUGCCUAUCAUGAGGAGCAUUCCCGGGAAGUAUCGCGUCGCACACAGCGUAUCCCACCAACGAUCAAUAAGGCUCACCACUGUUAAAGCCGCAAAAGAACUAGCUCUCAAGGUGCAUGGGUCACUUGAGGCAUUGGCGACGAAAUUCCCUUUGGACGCCCGGAAUAUUGCAACUGUCAAUAAGCUCGACACGUUGACAUGGUAUCGACAAGCGGAGUUGCGUCCACUUUCGCAUGACCCUCUUACAAUAAAAGAUGUGGGAAUCAGACCUCGUGAUAACUUCUGCGGUAUGGGUGCCAUACCAUUUCCAUCACUGCUCAAAAACGGUACUGAGCAGGGCCUCUGGUGCCGAGGAUGUGAAUUCACCUAUAAAACAGGAGUUGCGAUAGAAGAGAUGGACCCUAGCACGUUAUCUGGUUUGGUACCCCAAGGUUGCGAUGCUGAUCAAUUUCUAUUAAGAAUCCAGUACCGCGCUUGGUCCAAAGCAGACUUUCUCCAGCACGCGAAGCACUGUCAUUCCACAGCUGCGGUUAUUUCCCAGAAGUGGAUAGGCUCGACAUAGGAAGGAUAGAUUAAUCAAUCAAUCAAAUGUAUUGCAUUACUCUCCAUGAUCGGCAACCCG